CCAAACUAUACUUUCAUUUGUUUUACAGGUAUACAAAAGAAUGGCAAAUGUACUCCAAUUCACAGCAAUAUCAGGAGCCAAAAAUGAGGACGCGCUGUGUUACGUGCUCGAAAUAGACGACACGCGGCUUCUGCUAGACUGCGGCAAUUUCUCGGACUACUCAGGCGAGAAUCUGGUGCAAUUGCGACGGGUGGCGCGACAAGUGGACGCAGUGCUUCUCUCGCACCCAGAUAUGGCACACCUGGGGGCAUACGCACUAGCGUACAGCAAAUAUGGGCUGACAUGCCCAGCAUACGCGACAGUGCCGGUGCGCAACAUGGGGCGGCUCUGCAUGCUGGACGUGGUGCGCUCGCUGCGGUCGUGCUCUGACUUCACACUGUUCAACGAGCAGGAUGUGCGGGAUGCGUUUGAGAACAUAACGCCGCUGCGGUUCUCGCAGCCAACAGCGCUGCCAGGGAAGCACUCGGAGAUUGUGGUGACGGCGCAUGCGGCGGGGCAUACGAUUGGAGGUACGGUGUGGACGAUCCGCAAGGGCACGGAACAGGUGCUGUAUGCGAUGGACUAUAACCACGUCAAGGAGGCGCAUCUGGGGAAGACGCAGCUGCUGCCAGGCAAGCAGGGGCAGGUGGCCAAGUCCAUGACUCGGCCGAUGCUUCUGAUUACCGACGCGUACAAUGCACAGUACAAUCUACCGACGCGGGCCAAGCGGCUGGCGAGCUUCAUGGGGGCAGUCGAGGCCGUGACGCAGCGGGGCGGUAACGUGCUGGUCCCAGUGGACUCGACCGCGCGUGUGCUGGAGCUGGCGUAUGUAUUGGAGCAGCGGUGGGCGGAGAAGCGGCACCACCGAAUGUCGAAUCCGGUUUUUCUCCUGGGACGGUGCGCGCGGCAGACGAUGCAGUUUGCACAGUCGAUGCUGGAGUGGAUGUCGGAAGGCGUGACCAACCAGUUCACAGGCACAAAAGCGAACCCGUUCGAGCUGCAGCACGUGGUGCUGGUGCAGAAUAUGGCGGAGCUGGAUGCACAGAUGGCAGCGAUUUACGAGGACCCAAAGAUCAAAACAAAGUACCGGCCGCGUGGGGCGGUAGUGCUGGCGACGCUUGAGGGCAUGUCACUGGGGUUCUCGCAGGAGCUGUUUGUGCGGUGGGCGGAGGACCCGCAAAAUGCAGUGGUGCUGCCGCAGCGCGGACCGCCAGGGACGUUGGCGCAUGAUCUGUUCACGCGGUGGUGGGAUCGGGUGCAGACGGGCCAGACAGCCGGCGAGCCAAUCAAGCUGGCAGACCCGGUCAGCCUGCCCAAAAACACCUGCAUUGAGGUGACGGUGAAGCAACGGAUUCCACUCAAGGGCGAGGAGCUCGAGGAGUGGACGCGGCAGGAGGCCGAGCGAGUGGAGCGCGAGGCGGCGCGGGCAGCGAUGCUGAAGCGCGGACGCACAAUGCUGGACAACGACGACGACGACACCAGCUCGACCGGCGGCAGCGACGACGAAGGCGAAGGAAGGGGCGGGACUCGCGACGUGGACUCGGGAGCAAUCGCAGCAGUGGAUCUGGAAAUGGAGCGGCUGCGCAGCGGACAGACGUUUGAUCUGCACGUGCGGGACCGCGGGCGUGUGGGCGGGUUUUUCCGGCAGCCGCAGAGCCACUGCAUGUUUCCGUUCCAGGAGAAGCGGCGACGCGUCGACGAGUUUGGCGAGACGUACGACGUGCGGCAAUAUAUGCGCGAGUUCGAUACGCACGGCGACGAGGUGGUGCGCGGCGCGCAGCAGGAGCCGGCAAAGCCCGGCUACGGCGUGCUGGACGACGACACCAACGACGAUUAUGACGAGUCAGUGCCGACCAAGCUUCUGCAGGAUACCAGACGUGUGCACGUGCGCUGCCGGUUGUCGUUUGUGGACCUGGAGGGCCGGUCGGAUGGGCGGUCAGUGCGCAACAUCCUGGUGCAGCUCGAGCCGAAGCGCGUGGUGCUGGUUCACGGAUCGGCUGCAGGAACGCAGAUGCUGGCGGACUACUGCGCCGACCCCGAGGUGGCUGUGACCAAGGAAGUGUACGCGCCCAGCGUGGGUGAGAUCGUCAACGUGUCGUCGGGCGCCAAUGCAUAUACGGUCAAGCUGACCGAUGCGCUGCUGACCAAGGUGCGGUUUGCCGAACUGCAGGGAGCGCAGCUGGGGCACGUGUCGGGGCGGAUCCGCUAUGCAGAGGACGCCGAGGAGCCGGUGCUGGAUGUGGAUGUGGCGGCGCUGGAGAAUGCGUGGCAGAGGCCCGUGUUUGUGGGCGACGCCAAGCUCAGUCUGUUGCGGCGGCGGCUGCGCGAAAGCGGGCUGGCGGCCGAGUUCUCAAGCGACGGCGUGCUUGUGUGCAGCAAUGUACUGGCGGUCUCGCGUAUUGGCGGCAAGCUGCGGAUCCAGGGAAAUGUCUCACCCGAGUUUUACCGGCUACGCGACGUCAUUUAUCGUGCUCUUGUGGUUGUCUAAGGUUCCAGACCCCGGUGUUUUGUGGAUAGGGGGGAUAGGCUUGUUUAUUUAGGAGGCGGAAUUCGAGGAACUGCUUUUUUUUUUGUUUCUCCGCUAUGCUUUCGCUUUCCUCCGAUUUUAUAAAACUCGAAUUCUAAUACUCCGCAAAAAAACAAUAAAAUGC